UCAUUUUCCCAAGGCUUUCCUUCUCUAAGCGGUGUCCUUGGGAUUGCACUGAUGCUCGUUGAUUGAACGUUAUUCAAUAUAAAUUAAAGUUAAUAACAAAACGAGUGCAUCUUUUUUCUCAGCAAGGAUUUAUUGUCUCCUUUGCGACCGUCGAUGAUGGCGCCUCCACAGUAUAUUCCCGGAACUGCAGCACAACAUUCUUGACGCACUAGAUGGAAUGACAAAUGCAUUGGAUUUUUAUAACGCGACACUGUGGGUAUGUGAAAUCACCCAGAUACGACGCGUGAUGGUUGCAAAAAGAGAUGCAAACGGCGGAAGUAACACGCUUUGCGAUUGAACGUUUUGCAUUUGGAUUUUUUUUUUUUUUUUUUGCACCCGACACGAAGACGAAAUUUGCCCAAAAUAUUGUUUAUUUAAAUAGAAUUCUGUCUGCGAAAUUGUAGACUCACGUGACUCCGAAGCAUUAUAUGUCGAUACGGGGGAUGUGUUUCAAAACAUCUAGCCUUCUGUUUUUCUCUUUUUUCCGUGCGAUUAUCAUUGGCCUAAAUUGCUAGAGUCGGUGGUAGAAAAAAAGAUGCCUUGAAUCAUCCGGAUUUGUUUUAAUCUGAGUAAAGCCUUUUCCCUCAAAUUCGUCUGAGUGCUUUUGAAUGGUAUAACAUGGGCUACCUAGCCGGAGACAAUAAUGUGGUCAGAAACGGAGUCCACAGCAAACUGAAUAAAAAUGCGUUUCAGCGGAUGGACGUUGAUGACAACACUUGGCACUGACCUUUUUGGAACCGAGAAUUUAAUUUUUGAAGUGUCAAUUUCACUAGCCCCGUUACCAAGGCGAUUAUGCGUUAGUGGAGACUAACAUUCGAUACACAAUAAUGCCCGGACUAAGCGCAAAAUGGAGCAGCUUCAUUUUUUUGGUUUGGUCAGUCAGCUGCGUUUUUUUAUUUUGUGAGUAUUUGAUAUAUUACCAGACAAUUAUUCAGUGUUCUUGGCCGGAGAUGAAUCGGGCUCCGCACAGGGACAACGGGAAUACCGAGCAUGUCCCUAUUCUCCGCGCUUUGUUCCUGUCGGAUACCCAUCUCCUGGGAGCUAUCAGGGGACACUGGUUCGACAAACUCCGAAGGGAGUGGCAGAUGGAGAGAGCCUUCCAGACAGCUCUGUGGGUGCUGCAGCCGGAGGUCGUCUUCAUCUUGGGUGACGUCUUCGACGAGGGCAAGUGGAGCUCUGCAAAGGACUGGGAGGAUGAUGUCCGCCGUUUCCGGAAGAUGUUUCGGCACCCCCGAGACACGGAGCUCAUUGUUCUGGUGGGGAACCACGACGUGGGCUUUCAUUACGAAAUGAACUGGUUCAAGCUGCAGCGCUUCGAGAGAGUCUUCAACGUCACCUCCGCAACCAUGUUCACCAGGAAAGGAGUCAACUUCCUGCUGGUGAACAGCGUGGCCAUGCACGGGGAUGGCUGCCCCAUCUGCCAGGCUGUGGAGAGCGAGCUGCUCAGGCUGUCCCAGGACCUCAACUGCUCUCUGCAGAGCUCUGCGAUUGGGCCCCUGAGUGAGCACUGCCACCGAGCCCAGACCUUCCCCUCCUCGCUCCCCAUCAUCUUACAGCACUACCCUCUGUACCGAGUGAGCGACGCCAGCUGCACCGGCCAGGACGCCGCGCCGCCGGAAGAGCGCCACCUGCUGUUCAAGGAGCAGUAUGACGUGCUGUCGCAGGAGGCCUCGCAGAAGCUCCUCUGGUGGUUUCAACCCCGCCUCAUUCUCAGUGGCCACACCCACAGUGCCUGUGAAGUUCUCCAUGGAAACAAGCAUCCUGAGAUCAGUGUUCCCUCUUUCAACUGGAGAAACCGCAACAACCCCAGCUUCAUCCUGGGCAGCUUCUCCUCGGCCGACUUUGUACUCUCCAAGUGCUUCCUCCCGGAGGAAAGCACAGUGAUCGCCAUCUACUGCAGCGCCGGCGCAGUGCUGCUGCUGCUGCUGCUGAUGCACCUGCACACGCUCCGCAGGGCCCUGCAGUGCGCCUGCUGCCUGCUGGGCAAGCACAAAACAGUCUGACCUGCCCCCUCUCCCCUCUGGACCAAUGGGAGGCAAGCACCGCCCAUCUCCCCACCCUGUGGACCAAUAAGACACACCCCCUCUCCAAAAAAGGGCACUGCUUCCUCCUAAUGGUUUAACAGAAGCACACAGCCUCAUCCUCUAAAAUGUACAUCAUCACAGCACGCAGAAUUUCCAUAUCCUGCUGCAGUCGAGUAAACGUUGUGCACUGCUUUGGUUUUCCAUGGGAACCAGUGCAGAUUGGAUACUUCAGGUUACAGUGUUUGUUUGUUCCACUCCAUGCCAUUUGUUAAACUGAAGUCUGCAAGGCCAGGGAGCAAUGGAAGCUAUGGCUACCACAGCUCAUUAGCGUCUAGCAAACCUACAGAAUAGCUACUGAAGCGAACUCAGACAGGCAGUGAGUGGAGACCGCUGAUGUAAUAUAUCCCAAUGCUGAACCAGAUUUCUGUUGUAACUGUAAGAAGCUGUAAAAAUGUACAUGUUACCGUCGACACAAAUGACCCCCAUGCACAAAGGCGCGGUGCACCUAUGUAAAGGGUGAUGCUGAGAGGAGCGGAGUUUAAGGACAGCUUUCCUUUAAAGCCACGCUGCCACGUUUGGCUCCGAGACGCCGGAACAUGACAGGCGAUUUAAGGACGAGAGGGAGUCACAGGAAAUACCAAGUUCCACAUUAAAAAAAAUAAAACCCAAGUCUUCUAAUGUGCCGCUUUAUUAAAAGAAAAUAAAAAUGUCAUUUUUUUGUAAUUCUCUCAGGCCAGACAAGGGGUUUACACCUCAGUUUCCUCUCUUACUCUAUACUUGCACAAUAAAAGCUGCUGGAACAAGGAAUGAAGAUCCUACCUGGGGCUGCUGUCACUCAAAGUCUGCAUGACCCAAGAGUUACCAAUCUCUCUGACACGAGUUCCUCUCACUCCAGCCACGCUUACCUAUAUGUGUGUAUGUAUACAUGUUAACUCCGUGGACAUACAUAAGUAUGUAUACACACAUAUUCAAACAUGUGAAAUUGUACAUAUAUAUUUAUAUAGAUCUAUAA